UAACGACCGAUGUUCCUUAAACCUUCCCGGGAGACGGUGCAGUUACAGGUUUCUUGCCCCAACUGAUUGCUGAGAAGUUGUCCGGCCGGAAGUCGUUUCAGAGCGGAGGCAAUAUGAGGAAGAAGGUGGACGAACGAAUUAGGACUCUGAUCGAGAACGGUGUCAAAACACGGCACCGUUCCAUGUUCGUCAUCGUCGGCGACAAGUACCGAGAUCAGAUUCUGAAUCUUCACUACUUGUUGAGCAAGGCGGUGAUCAAAUCAAGGCCGACAGUUUUGUGGUGCUACAAGGAUAAGCUCGAACUCAGCAGUCACAAGAAAAAGCGGGCGAAGGAAAUUAAAAGAUAUUUGCAGAGGGGAAUUUUAGAUCCUGAGAAAGCUGAUGCUUUUUCGCUGUUUUUGGAGAGUGGUGGACUGACGUAUUGUCUGUACAAAGACUCGGAAAGAAUUCUUGGAAAUACAUUUGGGAUGUGUAUACUUCAGGACUUUGAGGCCUUAACCCCAAAUCUCCUUGCCAGAACAAUAGAAACAGUGGAAGGUGGUGGACUGAUUCUGUUGUUGCUCAAAUCUCUCAAGUCAUUGACCAGUCUGUACACUAUGGUCAUGGAUGUCCAUGAGAGAUUUCGAACUGAGUCGCAUUCUGAAGCUACCGGGCGGUUCAAUGAACGUUUCUUGUUGUCCCUAGCAUCGUGCAAAACCUGUGUAGUAAUGGAUGAUGAGCUCAAUAUUUUACCAAUCUCUUCGCAUAUUAAAAAAAUUACUCCGGUUCCAGUCAAAGAGGACUCUGAAGGAUUAUCUGAAGCAGAGAGAGACCUGAAAGAUUUGAAAGAGCAACUGAGUGAUGAUUUUCCUGUUGGUCCUUUGAUUAAGAAGUGCUGUACUUUGGAUCAGGGAAAAGCUGUAAUUACAUUUCUUGAUGCAAUUCUGGAUAAGACACUUCGUAACACUAUUGCUCUGCUUGCUGCUCGUGGUCGUGGUAAAUCAGCUGCCCUUGGCUUAGCUAUUGCUGGAGCUGUUGCUGCGGGGUAUUCGAAUAUCUUUGUUACUGCACCGAGUCCAGAAAACUUGAAGACUUUGUUUGAAUUUGUUUGCAAGGGAUUCAAUGUGCUUGAGUAUAAGGAGCAUAUAGACUAUGAUGUCGUCAGAAGUGCCAACCCAGAAUUUAAGAAAGCAACUGUGAGGAUUAAUAUCUAUAAGCAGCACAGACAAACGAUCCAGUACAUACUACCCCAUGAGAGUGAGAAGCUUUCCCAGGUGGAACUGUUGGUUGUGGAUGAAGCAGCAGCUAUUCCUUUACCUCUUGUGAAAUCCUUGCUCGGCCCGUACUUGGUUUUCCUUUCGUCCACUGUAAACGGUUAUGAAGGUACUGGUCGAUCUUUAUCUCUAAAGCUGAUACAGCAAUUGGAAGAGCGGAGCCAAAUGAAAUCUAAUGGAGAAGAGGCCGGUCUUUCUGGUCGUCUCUUCAAAAAGAUUGAACUACAUGAGUCAAUCAGAUACGCUUCUGCUGAUCCCAUUGAGUCUUGGCUGAAUAAUUUGCUUUGCCUUGAUGUUGCGAAUUGCAUUCCUAAUGUCAGCAGGCUACCUCCUCCUAGCGAAUGUGAUCUCUACUAUGUUAACCGGGACACAUUGUUUUCUUACCAUAAAGAUAGCGAGUUGUUUUUACAGAGAAUGAUGGCUUUAUAUGUUGCCUCCCACUAUAAGAACUCUCCCAAUGACUUACUGUUGAUGGCUGAUGCUCCAGCACACCACUUAUUUGUGUUGCUCGGCCCUGUUGAUGAGUCCAAGAAUCAGCUGCCUGAUAUUUUAUGUGUCAUUCAGGUUUGCCUUGAAGGUCAAAUAUCUCGUAAAUCUGCCAUGAAAAGUUUAAGUGAAGGUCAUCAACCAUUUGGAGAUCAAAUCCCAUGGAAAUUCUCUGAACAGUUUCAAGACUCUGUUUUCCCUAGUCUUUCAGGUGCUAGGAUUGUGAGAAUUGCCACUUAUCCUAGUGCAAUGAGGCUUGGAUAUGGUUCUGCUGCGGUGGAACUGCUAACGAGAUACUUUGAAGGACAGCUGACUGCUAUUUCAGAAGCAGAGGUUGACAAUACUGAGGAUACUCCACAAAUCAGAGUGACGGAAGCAUCUCAGAAGGCCUCUUUGCUGGAAGAAAAUGUCAAGCCAAGAAGUAAUCUUCCACCUUUGCUUGUGCAUCUUCGGGAUCGACGGCCUGAAAAGCUCCAUUACCUUGGUGUCUCGUUUGGGCUUACUCUGGACCUUUUCCGAUUUUGGAGGAGACAUAAGUUUCUUCCAUUCUAUGUUGGGCAGAUUCCAAAUGCUGUGACUGGUGAGCACACGUGUAUGAUUCUGAAGCCGUUGAACAAUGACGAUAUUGAUGUCAGUGGAUCCGAUGAAUUGGGCUUCUUCAGCCCAUUUUACAGAGAUUUCAAGCAAAGAUUUGCGAGGCUCUUGGCUUAUGGUUUCCGGGACAUGGAGUACAAGCUUGCGAUGAGCAUAUUGGAUCCAAAGAUCAAUUUUAACGGCCAAGAAUCUGAAUCAUCCUCUUCUAAUGUAUAUUUGAAGUCUUUUAAUGAAUUCUUUUCACCACACGAUAUGAAGCGGCUGGAAGCUUAUACAAACAAUCUUGCAGAUUAUCACAUGAUUUUGGAUAUGGUUCCUGUUCUGUCACACACUUAUUUUCAGGAGAAGCUUCCAGUUUCUAUAUCAUAUACUCAGGCAUCGGUGUUGCUUUGUAUCGGCUUGCAGCACCGAGACUUCAAUUUCCUCCAGGGCCAGAUGAAGUUAGAGAAUCAGCAGAUAAUGGCUUUGUUCAACAAAGUGAUGAAGAAAUUCUACAAACAUCUUUACGCAAUUGCCUCUAAGGAGAUCGAAUCUGCCCUGCCUCGCCUAAAAGAUGUUGCAUUGGAACCUCACAGUAUUUCAGUUGAAGAUGAUCUCAAUGACGCCGCGAAGAAAGUUGAGGAUGAGAUGAGAGCUCAGACGGAAGGUCUUCUAAAUCCGGAGCUCCUGCAGCAGUAUGCCAUUGUUGGUAGGGAAUCAGACUUGGAGAAAGCUCUGCAAAAUGGAGCUGGGAGGAUCCCGUCUGGAGGUCUUGUCAGCGUGAAAUCCAGCAGAGAAAUGUCCGAGAAACGCGGAAAGCAGAAAGAUGGUCAAGAGAGUGGGAAAAGGCAAAAGAAAGAUGAGCGUGGCUCCAAGUCGAAUAAGAAACGGAAGCAUUAGUUCAUGAUUAUUCGAAGAGGAGGCGCAUGAAGAUUGCCCCGAUUGAGGUUUUGCAGUGGGAAGGCAGUGGCCAAAAUGUUCUGUAGAUUUUUCCUUCAGAAAGUAAUUACACCAUUUGAUUGGUGAGCAAAGAGAAGCGGCCUAUAUUCGGGAAAAAAAAAAAAGGAGGAAAAUUUUGAGCUUAUCAGUUUUGUUUUAUUUUCGACUUGUUAUUGACUGUACGGAAGCUAAUGACAGAAAUCUCGCAGUCCGUCUGAAUGAAAUUAUCGACGAGUCCUGAUUUAGUCCA